AUGAUUUAUAAGGUUUCAACCAGAUCAAAUAUCUACUUAGGGUUGCGAAGUAGGCUUUAUUCAAAUAGUACUCGUUUAAGGUAUGCACGUAAAGAUGAAAAUACACUUUUCGGGUCUAACCUCGAGAAGAUCGAAGCUCCCCUGGAGCUUGCUGAGGAAUCCACGCUACCAAAAUCACAUAUCGAAUUUAAGAAAGAACCAAGACAGCCUCUGAGGAAAUUACCUCUCUUGUCUGACAACAGAAUUGAGAAUGAUAGUAAUUUUCAAAUGGCUCGUUGGAAGCAAAGUAUUGGUCAAUGGGUAAUCAAAAUUUUCAACAUAGAUAUGGAUAGGAGCAGAGCAGGGCCCGUCGCGGGCUCUGAGUACUUUGGUGAAUGCAAAAGGCAAGGUAUGUACUACCCAAACGAGCCUUUGUCUGAGACGGCAAAGUUUUACUACGAGACGUUGAACUUACCUAAGACCUUUAGUCAGUGGUUUCAAAUUACAGCUUUGCAUUACUGGAUUUUGUCAGUUAGAAUGAGAGCCAUGCCUUUCAAGUAUGGUAAAAAUUACCAACAGAAAUUAGUGGAUAGAAUAUUCAAGGAUAUGGAACUUAGAAUGGCAGAAGAAUUAAGAAUUAACUCCAAUAGAAUAAUUGAGGGAUAUCUUAAAGAGUAUCAUAAGCAGCUACUUGGCAGUGUCUUAAGUUAUGAUGAAGGGCUAAUUACCGAUGACAUCACUUUAGGAAGUGCUUUAUGGAGAAAUGUUUUCAAUGGUAACCCCGAUGCUGAUAUGAGACAUAUCGAAGCAUUACUUGGAUACGUCAGAUCCCAAUUGUAUGUUCUUAACAAGAUGAGUGACAGAGAAUUUGGCUUCGGAAAAUUCAAAUUUGUUCCUCCAGAUGAAGUGGUGAAACCUCUUACUAAGGCUCAAGAAGCGCAAUUGCGACAAAAAGCUAAAGCAGAAUUUGCCGAGAAGACCCUACCAUCUCAAAGAAGCGUAUUGUCUCUCGACGAAUGA